AGCGCAGUGGCGGCGGCGGGAAAGGGCUGCGGACCCGUGCCGCUCGCUCACUCGCUCUCGACGACGCGGCCCCGGCCUCGACGCCCUCCGCCCGCUCCAGGAGCAGGUACUUAUUUGUGGGAAAGAGAUGUCCUAUAUUAUGGAUCUGAGCAUUCCAGGUACUGAAAUGUAAGAAGACGUUAUGUGGGAUCACAGGAAGUACUGUUCCAUUUGUGGAUACCAGCCGUGGCCAUACCGAGUACGUUGAUUACAUCAAUGCCAGACACGUGGGAAACAUUUUAGUUCUGGAAAUCAGAAUGCCAAGGAAAAGGAAAAAUCUUGGGGGAAAUCCUUUUCGGAAGUCUGCAGACUCUAAGGAAGUUGUCGUGUCCAGUGUUGCUAGUCGUGAGGAUCCAACCACUACUCUUCCUGCCAUGUGUGAGACAAAAAUUGAUCAGGAAGAACUCUUCACCAGUAUCUCAGAGAUGUUUUCUGAUCUGGACCCUGAUGUAGUGUAUUUGAUGCUUUCUGAAUGUGAUUUCAAAGUUGAAAAUGCCAUGGAUUGUCUAUUAGAAUUAUCUGCCACCGAUGCCAAGGUAGAAGAAUCCUCUUCACAAAAUUUUGUUGCUUCUGAGAACCAGCUAAGUGCAGCAGGAAGUGGAGUAAUGGAGAAGUGUCCUCCCGAAGAAGAGAGUGAAGACUUAAAAAUGGAUUCCUUUUUGGAUAUGCAACUAACCGAAGACUUGGAUUCCUUAAUCCAGAACGCGUUUGAGAAAUUGAACUCCUCUCCUGAUGACCACAUGUACUCAUCUUUGCCUUUGCAAGAUGUGAAUAGCUUCCAUGACUCAAGUAUGUUUACAGGUAGUGUGGCUCCCGUUAUUUCUGCACGAAGCACGGAUUCCAGCAGUGAAAAUCUUGAGAAUUCUGCUUCUCCAGUAAGUUCAAACCAAUUAACUCCACAUUCAGGUUUUAAUGAGUCCAAAAGUUUUGCAAAAGGUAACACAUUGGCUCUGGAAGCCAGCUACCCAGAAGAUUCUCUUCCUAGUUGUUCUUUAAAUCCAGCAACCGAGUCUCUUGUGAAUCGUAGCAAUUUCACUCAGAGACAGACGGCGCUUUUAGAACCGGAGUGUGCUGACGCUCCACACUCUCGGCCCCCUGGAGAUUUGGGCCGUGAACUUCAUGCUCCUUCAAACCUCUCUCAAAAUCCAGGUGGGGAUCAGAAAUCUGCUUCUGUCUCUGAUGGGUUCAAUUUCAAGCCACAGAAAUACCCUGAGCUGCCACCAAAGGGGAAGGAUGUUAGCUACUGCCCAGUACUCACGCCUCUCCCAUUACUCCUUCCUCCUCCUCCACCUCCACCAAUGUGGAACCCAAUGAUUCCUGCCUUUGACCUCUUUCAAGGAAACCAUGGCUUUGUAGCUCCUGUUGUCACCUCAGCUGCACACUGGAGACCUGUCAACUACACAUUUCCACCCUCUGUUGUUUCUCACGCGUCCCCAACAAAGGUAUGGAGAAACAAAGAGGGAACAAGUGCUUACCAAGUGCAAGAGACUCCAGUUUCUCAGGUUGCAAGAAAGAAGACAACAUCCUAUGUUGGACUAGUUCUUGUUCUUCUCAGAGGGCUUCCGGGAUCAGGAAAGUCUUUUUUGGCAAGGACUUUGCAAGAGGAUAACCCGAGUGGAGUCAUUCUUAGUACUGAUGAUUAUUUUUACAUAAAUGGACAGUACCAGUUUGAUGUAAAGUACUUGGGAGAAGCACAUGAGUGGAACCAGAAUCGAGCAAAAGAAGCUUUUGAGAAGAAGGUAUCUCCAAUAAUAAUAGAUAACACAAACCUGCAGGCAUGGGAGAUGAAGCCAUACGUUGCUUUGUCUCAGAAACAUAAAUACAAGGUCCAUUUCCGGGAGCCAGACACAUGGUGGAAGUUCAAGCCGAAGGAACUUGCAAGACGCAAUAUUCAUGGGAUAAGCAAAGAAAAAAUAGCAAGAAUGUUGGAGCACUAUCAGCGUUUUGUUUCAGUGCCAAUAAUCAUGAGUUCUUCAGUUCCAGAGAAAAUGGAACGAAUUGAAUUGUGUGCAUAUUCUUCUGAGGAUAGGAGUUCCAGCCCAAGAGACAAUGAAGAUGACCUCUGAAAAAGAGAAAGUGUUUUAU